ACCUAUGAAAAUCUAGACUUGAUCUGUAGAAGAAGAAUUAAUACCUAAAGCAUAAAUCAGUCACACAGACUACACUCAACCACUCGGGCGGCGCCACAAUCCGUCCACGUCAAACACCUCGCUGACCGCGCCUCCCCACCACCACCACCCCACCCCCCUCUAACCGCCCCCUUCUCCCUCUCUCUCUCUCUCUAUAUAUAUAUACUUCUCCCCCUUUCUCCUGCAUUCCAAUUUUCAAAAGUAGCACUCGAAUUUGCCGGCAGCCAAAAUACAUAGAUAUUUACAAGGAAAGGCGUCAAUGGCGAUGAAGGAGAAGCCAAGCGGCGGCGCAAGCGCCAAGGCUCCCGCCGUGAACGAGGUGCACUACAGGGGGGUGAGGAAGCGGCCGUGGGGCCGCUAUGCUGCCGAGAUCCGCGACCCCAACAAGAAGACACGCGUCUGGCUCGGCACCUUCGACACCGCCGAGGAGGCGGCGCACGCCUACGACGCCGCUGCCCGCGACUUCCGCGGCUCUAAGGCCAAGACCAACUUCCUCCUCCCCUCCGACGCCGCCUGCAGCCCCACCGCCAGCAGCACCGUCGACUCCCACGGCGCCGAUCACGCGCCAGUCGAGCUCGACCUCACGCGCCGCUUCGGCAACGCCCUCACCCCCGCCGAGUUUCGGUUUCUCCGGCAACAUCCGCCCGUGGCGGUGCUUCCCAACGGACAGCAGCUUUUUUAUAUCGACCGAUACAUGCAGCACGCGGUUGUGGCCGGCGCCGCCCCCGCCUUGCAGAGCGACUCGGAUUCGGCGUCGGCUGUGGACGAGAAUCAAGUAGAUAGAGGUGACGUGGCGAGAGAGCUGAAUCUUGAUCUCAAUCUGGCGCCGCCUAUGCCAGCUUGAAUAAUUCUUGGAAAUUAACUGAUUUUUUUAGUGUAGUUUUAUUUAAAUUUUUAGGAGGUAUUGUAACUUUUGUUCAAUCAAGUUUAAGUUUUUGAUUGAAUCGGUCUAACAUUUUGUUAUGAAUUUGAUUUACAUCCGAA